AUGGAAAGACGAGAAAUUCGUAAAAGAUUAGUAGUAGAUUGUAAAUUCAUUUAUGAAAACAUUGCCAUUAAAGCAUUAAUCGUUCCCAAAUCUCAAUUUAAUAGUAUCAGUAAGAAACUUGCUAAACGAUUAGAUUUCUAUAUACACAAAAUGUACGGGUCUAAAUAUCCUGCAAUGAAAACACUUGGUAAAGGUGCAACAAAUGACGGUAAAAAGGCGAAAACAUAUACCCAUUUCUUAGUUAUCGACAAACCUGAAUAUGACUUGGUUCUCGACGAGGAUAUGAGAUUGGUAGACGUGACAUAA